CGCCGGUCUUUGUUUGCUGAGCAAGCUUCCAAAAACGUCCGGCGGACGGGAUGAUGUGCCUCGGUGCUGCCGGGCGCAAGGCACGCGCCGCGCACGCGCGUCUCUCCAUUUGCUUCCGCCGUCUCGCCGCACCCUUGGUGCUUUCCUUGCCGCGUUUGUUCCCGCUCUCUCUGCCAUGUGAGAGCCUGAGCGGGCAUUGCAUCCAAGUCGAGUCUUUGUGCCGCACAUCGGCGGCCGCGAUGUCUCGCUGCGCUGCGGAUGCGCUCGUCUCGUUGAGGGCGCAAGGUUGCACGCCGCACGCGCCCGCGCGCGCGGUCGAGCCUCGAUGCUCCCCUCUCCCGCUCGACCCCACCGGCGCGAGCGCAACGUCGAAUUCUUCUUUUGCCUCACCGCUGCAUCGCGCAAGAUUGUCGUGCCACCUGAAUGAGGCAGCUCUCCCUUCGUGCAUGCAAGGGCAGGCUGUGCCUGACAGACGCGAGAGGUGCGUGUCCAGGCACGCCGAGAUGCGAGCAAGGGCAGCACCGCCAGGCGCGCGCUAAGGCCUCUCGCGAGGUGCUUCGGCGAGGCGCGAGGAGCGAGGCCGACGUUGCCAGCCGUCGUCUCAGGGAAGGAGAGGUCACGUGACGAGCCCCUUCGACCUCCUCCCGAUGGCCGUUGUGCGUGCGCGCGUGAGAGAGAGGCGCGCGAGAGGGCAGCCAGAGCAGACGGGAGAUGCGCUGCAGCAGGAUGCGAGCUCCGCGCCCGACCGCCGGGUACGCUGCUGCGUCACGGCGCUGCCGGUCGUGCGUGCUGGAGAGCAACAGCCUUCUUUCCUUGCACUGUGCAGAGGCUUGCUCUGAGCGUGCAAAGCAGCGUCGAGGUGAUGCGUGGCGUGUCGAGUCG